AUGACUGACAAAGCACCAAUUCAUCAGCUUCCUCUGCCCAGAAGGACGCUUCAGUCGAGCUUGCCCCGAUUAAAACUAGACGACAAGCCUUCUGCACAGCGUCGAUCCACCACGUUUGCAGCCUCGACACCUGGAAUAUGGGCGAGAGUCUACCCCAUGUGGACAGCAUGGCCGUUGCGAAUUACAAAGUCAGAAGUGGAGGAGAUGGGUGUGAAUGUCGAUGCGGGAGAACAAGUCGACGUCGAAGACGUCUUGCGUCGCUGGGACGUGGAGGACUCAUCAUGGCAGAGCAGUGGCGAGAGCUCAAGGAAUGGUUUGCAAUUGCGAACGUCGAAGCAUCGGGCCAAGCUCGAAGGCCACCUGAUAGGAGUAUCGCCAAUGGCUCUCAGGGACUCUUUGCCACAUUUAGACGUUGGAGAUGCUUCUGAGGUCUGCAAUGACGGUGCAGAGCCGAUGGACGAAUCUACAGCGGAAGGCAGUUGUCGAAAGGCCCUCGCUGAUGUCAUCUCGGGUCGACAGGUUCUCGUGUCCAGGAAAGGCAAGGAGCCAGCACAGGACGAAGACGAGGACAAGGGACCGCCGAGCUCUGACUACGGCCCUUGGUCCACCCGGUAUUGUGGUCAUCAGUUCGGUCAAUGGGCCGGUCAGCUUGGCGAUGGACGGGCAAUCUCUCUGUUCGAGACGGAGUCGGAACACGGAGGCCGACAAGAGGUCCAGUUGAAAGGCGGUGGUCGAACACCUUUCUCACGCCAAGCAGACGGCCUGGCGGUCAUGCGAUCAGGCGUGAGAGAGUAUCUCGGCUGUGAAGCCAUUGCGGCUCUGGGUAUACCCACGACGAGAUCUCUCGCUUUGAUGACGACGCCAGACUUGCCUGUCAUCCGUGAAUAUGGUCCAGAGCCUCCAUCAUUGUUGGCUCGUCUGGCGCCUACAUUUAUCCGCUUAGGCCACUUUGAAGCUCUGAAACCUGGACCAGCGGCGCAUAACCUACGGCAUAUCUUUCUGGGUGGAGGAUGGCAGGAUGAAAGCGAAGAGGGAGAUGGACCACUGGAUGGACAAGGCAAUCUUGAAAGCCUGAGAGAUCUCACCGAGUGGUGCAAGUAUAUAAUGGGCUUCGAAGGCAAGUCGACGGUCGAUUGGGUAGGAGACGUCAUUAAGCGGAAUGCGGAGAUGGUCGCGCAAUGGCAGGUGUACGGAUUCAUGCACGGGGUUUUGAACAGCGAUAACAUCUCCAUUAUGGGACUUACAAUUGACUAUGGUCCAUACGCUUUCAUGGACAUCUGGGACGAGGGUCAUAUCUGCAAUCACUCUGAUCCAACCGGACUGUACUCUUACAAACGUCAACCUGAACGGGUUCUUUUCGACCUCGACAAGUUUGUCUCCGCAAUCUCCCCGUUGAUAGGGUAUGAGAAGGAGCAUGGGCAAGCUCAGGCAGGGUGGUCGGAAGGAAAGACGAAGGAGGAUGUCAAAGAUUGGACCGAAGCGGCGGAAGAAGUAAUGUCAUCUUGGAAAGAGAACUACCGGACCACCGUGAAAGACACUGAGCGCCAAGGAUGGCUGAAGCGAUUCGGUCUGAGAACCUAUCAACCGUCCGAUGAUCGAGACAUCAUUGCCGACUUUCUCGUUCUCCUACACGCCCAUUCGUUGGACUUUCACACAUCAUUCCGCCAUUUAUGCUCUUUCCUUGUCUCUCAGAAUAGCAACGAGGCCUACGUCAAGAGCUUCCUGACACGAUGGUUGGAGCUCAGCGGUCCAACCCUGCCUCAAGAUUCGACUGAAUCUGCCCAAAAGGCCCUCAGACCUUGGCUCGACGUGUACACCACUCGCGUUCUCGCCGAUGCCGAGGUCCAAGCAUGGUCGCAAAACCAUGAAAAUGAUCCGAAUACCCCAGAGACGAACGCCUCAUGGCAGCAGCUUCGAGAGAAAGCGAUGAAAAAGGUCAAUCCCCGAUUCGUCCUUCGACAAUGGGUACUCGAAGAGGUCAUAAGCGAUAUUGAGAAAGCUGGACUUGAGGAUCUUGUCUCGGCCCGUAAAUCUCUUGCUAGGGUUCUGGAUCUCGCGACAAAUCCAUUCGAGGAAUGGGACGAUACUUGCUCGGAGGAGGGCGUGAAGCGAGCAGAACUGUGUGGAGUCGGGAAGAAGGAGAUGCUUGGAUUCCAGUGUAGUUGCUCAAGCUAA